AUGGGAUUUGCUAUGGGAAUAUUGAAUGUAGAUGCUGGGAGCCUUAUGGAUUGGGUAUUCAUCCCUACAAUGGGUGAUGAAGUACUAAGGCUGACUCAUCCUGGACAAGAAUCUGGAGACAAAUAUUCAUAUUUCCCAUAUCAGUCUGAUUUGAAUCUAGUAAGCAGAAGUGCAUAUUCAUCCAAUGCGAAUCCUUACCUCUUCCAUUGGAUCCAAAUUUUCGGAUCCCUUAUUGGGCACAAAAGAUCGAUAAAUGCCAGAAUGAACUUCGAGGGAAACCUGGCAGAUGUAGGGUUAAAUGCCAUAGUCCUAGUAUGGGCAUUUGCUAGAGGAGGUGGCCUGGCACCACAAUUUGAGAAGGAAGGGGUCAAUUAUUUCGCCGAUCCUCAACUAGGGAAGACAGGAGGUGAUGAUGAUGAUGAUUAUGAUGAUAAUGCACCUGAAGGAGAGGCUAAAUCAACUAAGAGUAAAGAAGAUUGGCUAUGGAUCGAGACCCAAGGAAGAGAUCCGUCGACUUGGUAUAUGCUUCUGAAAUCAGGAGGGUUUAGAGUUCCUCCAGUUGUUUCUAAUUCCAUACGCCGUCAGAGGAGCCGAAUAGGAGAAGUAAGAGAAAACUCUGUAGGAGAAGCUAACCUUGAAUCGGACUAUGAUGACUCAUGUGGUUCAUUUGCUGAAGAAGACGACGAUAGCGAUUGUGAGAUUCAAGAAGAAAAUUUCAGUUAUCAUAUAGGAGACUACGACUAUUUUAGACAGAAGCCGUAA